AGAGAGAGAGAGAGAGAGAGCGAGAGAGAGAGAGAGAAUAGCCUAUGGGGUGGGAAUGAGUGAACCAAAACAAGUUUCUCAAAAACGCGCUGUUUUUUCUUGAUUUUUUUCUUGAUAAGAGGACGGAGAGAGAGAAUAGCCUAUGGGGUGGGAAUGAGGGAACCAAAACAUACUGUAUGUUCAUUACUAGGACUGUAAAGUUGAGAGAUAAAGAUAGAUAGAAGACAAACGAGACGGUCUACCGCCGCAACGCCCAUCCCCGUAAUGUCUCAUCCCUGAACGUUUCACAACUACCGGUUGACUGCGGCUGGAAUUGUGACGGAUCGACGCACUGAGCAUGUCAGGGCGAGUUUUAUAGAAAUGCGUUUGGAAAUAAAAUCAGUAACAAAAACGUCUUUCAAAAUCAUUUGGGGAUGUUCGACUUAAGAGGCUUGAAGGAAUUUGAUUUUCCACUUUGACAACUCUAAACUGUUUGGAUGAAUUCUAUUUUUCAAGACUUCCAAGUUCGCCACAGGUCUCUAUCACAGCCCAACUUGUUGCUAUCGAAAUUAUAUCUAGCUGAAAUACAGUUGUAGGUCUAUGUCACUCAUCUUUCUUAGUUUGAACAACGGUCAAUAUUGAAUUAAACGUUUAACCACUAACUGGAUAAAACAAGAAGAUGUUGGAGAAAUAUUCCCGGCACAGCCAUGGAGUUGCGCCCGUCCCGAACACGGACCUGCAACUCAAACUACCGGAGAGCAACGUGGGUACCAGAGGCCAAGAGAAAGAUAACGGGUCUGGGCAGAAACUGGUGGGGAUAGCGGGACCGGCUCUGUCCAAACGGAAACUACUGGUCGGUCUGGACCUGCUCUGUCUGGUUCUGGCCUCCAUCCCGUUCUUGGUGUGUGAGCUGAAGGCAGUGAAUCCAUAUAGCAGAGGGUUUUUCUGUGGGGACCCCAGCAUCAUGUAUCCAUACCAACACAGAGAGGCUAUACCAGAUCAGCUGCUCAUUACUGGUGGGAUCAUCAUCACCGGACUCACUAUAGCUUUAGGGGAGUGUUACCGGGUGCAUUACCGAGGGGUCAGCUCCAAAGCCUUCGUCAGGAACCUCUACGUCUCAUGCCUGUAUAAGGAGUUAGGUUCCUUCCUGUUCGGGUGCUGCGUCGGCCAAUCCCUGACUAACAUGGCCAAGCUGAGCGUGGGGCGGCUGCGACCUCACUUCCUGUCUGUGUGCGGCGUCUCGUAUGCCUCGCUGAACUGCACCCCCGGAACCUACGUCUCCACGGUAACCUGCCGACAGACAGACCACCGAUUGGAAGAGGAGGCCAGGAAGUCCUUCUUCUCUGGUCAUGCUUCGUUUGCAAUGUACACCAUGCUGUAUCUAGCAUUCUACCUCCAAGCCAGGUGGUGUUGGCGAGGGGCCAGGUUACUCAGACCCCUCCUACAGUUCUUCCUGGUUCUGCUGGCUGUGUAUACAGGCCUGACUAGAAUAUCGGACUAUCGACAUCAUCCCUCUGAUGUCAUCACUGGCUACAUACAGGGAGCCUUGACUGCCUACUGGGUGGCCUUCCACGUCUCCUCCAUGUUUAAAGACUACAGCUCUACCCUCUCUCCUAGCCUGGACAACCCCCUGUCUCCACAUCUCCUCAAUGUUUAGACUACAGCUCUACCCUCUCUCCUAGCCUGGACAACCCCCUGUCUCCACAUCUCCUCAAUGUUUAGACUACAGCUCUACCCUCUCUCCUAGCCUGGACAACCCCCUGUCUCCACAUCUCCUCAAUGUUUAGACUACAACUCUACCCUCUCUCCUAGCCUGGACAACCCCCUGUCUCCACAUCUCCUCAAUGUUUAGACUACAACUCUACCCUCUCUCCCAGCCUGGACAACCCCUGUCUCCUAGCUCCUCCAUGUUUAGACUACAGCUCUACCCUCUCUCCUAGCCUGGACAACCCCCUGUCUCCACAUCUCCUCAAUGUUUAGACUACAACUCUACCCUCUCUCCUAGCCUGGACAACCCCCUGUCUCCACAUCUCCUCAAUGUUUAGACUACAGCUCUACCCUCUCUCCUAGCCUGGACAACCCCCUGUCUCCACAUCUCCUCAAUGUUUAGACUACAGCUCUACCCUCUCUCCUAGCCUGGACAACCCCCUGUCUCCACAUCUCCUCAAUGUUUAGACUACAGCUCUACCCUCUCUCCUAGCCUGGACAACCCCCUGUCUCCACAUCUCCUCAAUGUUUAGACUACAACUCUACCCUCUCUCCUAGCCUGGACAACCCCCUGUCUCCACAUCUCCUCAAUGUUUAGACUACAGCUCUACCCUCUCUCCUAGCCUGGACAACCCCUGUCUCCACAUCUCCU